AUGGCUUCAACUCCCUCAAAACCUAUCAUUGUGAUUGGUGCUGGUCUUGUCGGGCUCACACUCGCGCAGGGUUUGAAGAAGGCUGGCUUUCCUUUUGAGAUAUACGAUAGAGACACAUCACUCAAUGCAAGACCGGCCGGAUGGGGCAUAACAGUUCAUUGGAGCUUACCCUCAUUACAGGCAUGUCUGCCUCAGGAGCUAUAUGAUAAGAUACCUUCUAUUCAGGUUGAUCCUGCUGCGGGUGAUCGAGCACACGACUACUACCGAUUUCUAGAUCUUGAGACUGGCAAAGAUAAAUAUGCCAUGCCAUCGGGUCAUCACUAUCGUCUCAAUCGACAGAAGUUGCGCCAGCUGCUGUGCAUAGAUAUUCCCGUGAAAUGGGGACAAUAUUUCAAGUCUGUCGAGCUGAGAGAGGAUGGAGUAGUCGUCCAUUUUAAUGAUGGCCACUCUGUCGAAGGCUCCAUGCUGCUAGGUGUUGAUGGCAAGAACAGCAGGAUAAAACGCCAGCUGUUAGGAGAGGAGAAAUCACGACUCAAUCCCUUACCUGUCGCCUUCAUGGGCUUGACUUUGCAACUCCCACCGAAGAAAAUGCAGCCUUACAGGGAUAUCCAUCCUGUAUUGUGGCAGGGUUGCCAUCCAGGCUCUGGCUAUUUUGUCUUCUUCUCCAUGUUGUCAACGCCCGAGAGCAAUGGUAGCGCCAAAACUGAGAACCCCUACUACGAAGGUCAAUUCAACAUGAGUUGGUUGACGAAGAAGCACGGGCAAACGCCCAAAACACCAAAAGAACAAUUAGCAAAAGCGAAAGAAGCUGCUUGUGCGUCAAGUGGAAUGUUCCCACUACUUCGGCAGGCGAUUCUCGACAUUCCUGAAGACACCCCUGCUCUGGAGAUAGUACUGGAAGACUGGCCUACCCAAGCUUGGCCGUUGAGUGAGGGUAGAGUGACACUUCUUGGGGAUGCAGCGCAUACCAUGACAAUGUAUCGUGGGGAAGCAGCCAACCACGGAAUGUAUGAUGCGGCUGCACUCGUGCACCAGCUCAACCAGUGGCGGAGGGGACUCAAAUCUCGUCAGGAAGCUCUCAAGGAUUUCCAGACCGAAGUCGUUGAGCGGACACAUGAAGCAGUACUUCUGAGUAGAUUUGCGUGCCUGGAGUGCCAUGAUCUUGAAAAUCUCCGUGAUGACAGCCAGGUCUUCCAAGUCUCAGGAUUCAAUGCAAGGGUUAAGGAAGAGAGGGCGGUAUUCGACUUGACUCCAGGUCCUACACCAAUGCCAGCAGAAAUUGUAGCAUGA